GGAAGUGAGUGAGAGUUGUGACAGAGGACAAGGAAGGAGUAUCUAUCUGUAUCAGGGUUUGUUGUUGUCAAUGUAACAACACGUGUUACAAAGCAACAAACAAAAACGUCAAAGUUGUUUGUGGAUUGCACCAACUUUUCGAUCUAAGUGCUACUCUUCUUCAUGCAAACAAAGGGUACAUUAUACUAUGAUACUGUUUCUAUUAUUGUCAUUAAUUUUUUAUUCAGUAUUCACCCCUCUUUUUUUUUCUGUUUUUUUGGUCUACUUUUAUUUUGAUUUUUGUUAUGUUUUCUUUGGUGAAUGAAUUGAAAGGUGAAGAAGUGAAGCAAGACAGUAAUUUUAGCAGAGUACUAAACUAAUAGUAAUGACCAGCUCGGUAGUCGGUUCUAUCAAUGUUUCUCUGUCUCUCUCAUUUGUUUGCUUUUAGAAGCGGCAAAGUUAACUGCUACUCAUACCAAGCUCUUACUUUUUGAUCCUUUCUCUCUCUCUCUCUCUCUCUCUCUGUUUCUCUCUCCACAAACAGUUUGGUUGGACUUGCAAGGAAGAGACAUCUGCAGCUUCCAUUCAGGGGAAGGAAUUCCCAAAGCUUUAUCUUAAGGGGUUUUCAAAUUUCAGAGCACACUUUUUCUAGCUCAUUUUGGCUGUGAUUGUGGUGUAGUUGAUGUUUUGUGUUCUUGUUUGAAGGGAUCAAAGCUUGUUUGGUUUUUUCUCUGUUUUCGUUUUCUUAUCUUUGACUUGCCAUGUUGGGUAGUUCUUUUCAUAUUAAUUGAGUGUAGCCAUUUUUAGGUGAAGGGGUUGGCCUAAUUUUCAUUAUUAUUAUUUUUUUUUAAGUAUCUGGCCCUGCACUUUGGUGCUUUCAUUCUGCUUAUAGAAGGUGAGGAUCAAAAUCUGUGCUUGAGGGGGUUAUGAAUGAUGGGUGCUUCUUUGAUCCCAUGGAGAAGUAGAGGAAUAACUGGGUUUUUUGUGUGAAGAUAAGACAUUUAGACACCCCAUUUGGAAAAUGCCUGGAGGGAGCAGCAAAAGAAGGAUACAUUUUAGCAAAUUGUACAGUUUUUCUUGUUUGAAAUCUCGUUUCAGAGAUGGUCAUUCCCAAAUUGGGCAGAAGGGGUACUCCAGGGUUGUGUACUGCAAUGAUCCAGAUAACCCUGAAGCAGUUCACUUGAGUUAUGGAGGCAAUUAUGUUUCAACAACCAAGUAUACAGCUUUUAAUUUUAUCCCCAAGUCUUUGUUUGAGCAGUUCAGGAGGGUUGCAAAUAUCUACUUUCUCAUUGUUGCGUGUCUUUCAUUUAGUCCAUUGGCACCUUUUACUGCUCUGAGUAUUGUUGCUCCGUUGCUGGUUGUGAUUGGAGCUACUAUGGCAAAGGAAGCUGUGGAAGAUUGGAGGAGGAGAAAACAGGAUGUAGAGGCAAACAACAGAAAGGUUCAGGUAUAUGGUAGAAACUAUACGUUUACGGAGACUAGAUGGAAGAAACUCCGUGUUGGGGAUAUCAUUAAAGUGUACAAGGAUGAAUACUUUCCUGCUGAUCUUCUUUUGCUUUCAUCAAGCUAUGGUGACGGGGUUUGUUAUGUGGAGACUAUGAAUCUUGACGGAGAAACUAAUCUAAAAUUAAAGCAUGCUUUGGAGGUGACAGUUCAUCUUCAUGAUGAAAAAUCCCUACAAAAGUUUAGGGCUAUGGUUAAAUGUGAGGAUCCUAAUGAAAAUCUGUACUCAUUUAUUGGAACUUUACAACAUGAUGGUAAAGAAUAUCCUCUUUCCUUGCAGCAGAUCCUGUUAAGAGAUUCUAAGUUGAAAAACACUGAUUUUAUCUAUGGCAUUGUUAUCUUUACUGGCCAUGAUACGAAAGUUAUGCAGAAUUCCACUGAUCCUCCGUCCAAGAGAAGCAAAAUUGAGAGGAAAAUGGAUAAGAUAAUCUACAUCCUCUUCAGUACCUUGGUUUUGAUAUCCUUUAUUGGUUCAGUCUUUUUUGGUAUUGAGACCAAAAAGGAUAUUAGUGGUGGAAGGUAUAGAAGAUGGUAUCUUCGUCCAAACAAUGCAACAGUGUUCUAUGAUCCCAGAAGGGCAACACUUGCUGCUGUUCUUCAUUUUUUGACUGCCAUUAUGUUGUAUGGAUAUCUAAUUCCGAUAUCACUUUACGUGUCCAUAGAAAUUGUGAAAGUUCUACAGAGCAUUUUCAUCAACCAAGACCAAGAAAUGUAUCAUGAAGAAUCAGAUAGGCCUGCUCAUGCACGAACAUCAAAUUUGAAUGAAGAACUUGGCCAGGUUGACACAAUAUUGAGUGACAAAACUGGUACUUUGACAUGUAACUCAAUGGAGUUUGUCAAAUGUUCAAUAGGGGGCAUUGCAUAUGGUCGUGGUAUGACAGAAGUAGAGAAGGCACUUGCUAGGAGAAGAAAAGGUGGAGAAUCUGAUGUUGAUAGUGGAUCAUCUGAUUUCUUGGGCCAGAAUAAUGAGUCAGUUGAUUUUCUGCAUCCAGUUAAGGGCUUUAAUUUAAGCGAUGAGCGCCUAAUGAAUGGGCAAUGGGUUAAUGAACCAUAUCCAGACUUCAUACAAAAAUUCUUCCGAGUUUUAGCUAUUUGUCACACAGCUAUUCCAGACGAAGAUAAAGAAUCCAGAGAAAUUUCCUAUGAAGCCGAGUCACCAGAUGAAGCAGCUUUUGUCAUAGCAGCAAGGGAGCUCGGUUUUGAGUUUUUUGCAAGGACACAAACAAGCAUAUCAUUGCACGAAUUGAACUAUGAAAGUGGAAAAAAGGUUGACAGUAGAGUGUACCAGCUUCUGCAUGUCUUGGAGUUCAGCAGUUCCCGCAAAAGAAUGUCAGUGAUAGUGAGGAAUGAGGAAAAUCAAUUAUUGCUUCUAUGCAAGGGUGCAGACAGUGUAAUGUUUGAAAGGCUCUCACAAUAUGGAAGACAAUUUGAGGUUGAAACGAGGGAUCAUAUCAAAAGGUAUGCCGAGGCUGGUUUAAGAACCCUUGUAGUCACAUACCGUGAACUUGAUGAAGAAGAAUAUAAGUUAUGGGAUAAGGAGUUUUCAAAGGUCAAAACUUCUGUAACAGAAGACCGAGAUGCACUUGUGGAUGCAGCUGCUGAUAGGAUGGAAAGAGAUUUGAUACUUCUUGGUGCUACUGCAGUUGAGGAUAGACUGCAAAAGGGGGUUCCAGAGUGUAUUGAAAAGCUUGCACGGGCAAAAAUCAAGUUAUGGGUAUUGACUGGAGACAAGAUGGAAACUGCUGUCAACAUAGGGUAUGCUUGCAGUUUACUUAGAAAAGACAUGAAACAGAUAGUGAUCACUCUUGAUUCCUCAGAUAUCCUAUACUUGGAAAAACAAGGGGACAAGCAGGCUCUAGCAAAGGCUUCUCUUGAAAGCAUUAAGAAGCAAAUUGGAGAAGGAAUCUCACAAAUUAACUCUGCAAAAGAUAGUUCUAAUGCAAAUAAAGGAAGUUCUUCUGGGUUUGGUUUGAUAAUAGAUGGGAACUCCUUGGAUUAUUCUCUUAUCAAGAAUUUGGAAAGGUCCUUCUUUGAGCUUGCCAUGAAUUGUUCUUCUGUCAUAUGUUGCCGAUCUUCACCCAAACAAAAAGCUCGUGUUACAAGGUUGGUAAAAUUGGGAACGGGGAAGACAACAUUAUCUAUUGGUGACGGGGCAAAUGAUGUUGGCAUGCUUCAGGAGGCUGAUAUUGGAGUUGGUAUUAGUGGUGCUGAAGGGAUGCAGGUAUGUCAUUGCAUUUGGAUUAUUUCAAAUUAAGGAGAAAUUCACUUGAGCAUAAUCAACCGAGCUGUCAGACCAACAUGGAUGCAACACAAGUUAUCAGUAAUGUUAUUAUGUACAGAAUAGAGUUGUUAGAAAUGACUAUUUUUACGAAACUGUGUUCAGGUGCGAAACCCAAUGAAAAUGUUUAAUGACAAUCAAACCGCCAUGUAGAUAGUGCCUAAACUCAGAAAAUUCAGCAUUGUGAUGAAGUUGGUUUUAAUUUUCUAUAUUGGAUUU